UUCCAGUAUGAGGUCACUGAGGUGAAAGUCUCUUCCUGGGAUGCAGUCCUGUCCAGCCAGAGCCUGUUUGUAGAAAUCCCAGAUGGAUUAUUAGCUGAUGGGAGCAAAGAAGGAUUGUUAGCACUGCUAGAGUUUGCUGAAGAGAAGAUGAAAGUGAACUACGUCUUCAUCUGCUUCAGGAAGGGCCGGGAAGACAGAGCUCCACUCCUGAAGACCUUCAGCUUCUUGGGCUUUGAGAUUGUGCGUCCAGGCCAUCCCUGUGUUCCCUCUCGGCCAGAUGUGAUGUUCAUGGUUUACCCCCUGGACCAGAACUUGUCCGAUGAGGACUAAUGGUCAUAGAGGAUGCUUUGCCCAAGAGCCACAGUGGGGGGAGAGGGGAAGUUAGGCAGCCCUGGGACAGAGGAGGGGGCUCCUUGCUGUCUAGGGAAGGACGCUGAGGGGCUCAGGGUGAGGGUUGCCUAUUGUGUUCUCCGAGUUGACUUGUUGAAAUUGUUUUCCAUAAAGAACAGUAUAAACCUAUUAUUCACAUGUAAUCACCAAUAGUAAAUGAAGAUGUUUAUGAA